GUUUGUGUUGUUGUGUUGUCGUUCGAGUGGGGACAGCGGAACAGAACAACCCAGAGACAGGCUAUCUGCUAGAAAACACACAACAAGAUGGAGGUGGAGCAGCUCCUGUCUCUGUCAGGCUCUGCACUGGCCCAGGCUGUCAGCUCUCUGCUGGAGACCCCAGGCCUCUACGUCUUUUCUGACAUCCUGGAGCUGCCUAAUGUCAGAGAGCUGGAGAAUGGCCCUCAUGCACCAGUGUACCAGCUCCUCAACCUUUUUGCCUAUGGAACCUACUGCGACUACAAAGAGAGAGCGGCCUCUCUACCUGAAUUGACCCCUGCGCAGAGAAACAAACUCCGCCACCUGUCCAUCAUCAGCCUGGCAUCUAACCUCAAGUGCCUGCCGUACUCACUGCUCCUGCAGCAGCUGGAGCUGAAGAAUGUGCGGGAGCUGGAGGACCUGCUGAUCGAAGCCGUUUACUGUGACAUCAUCCAGGGCAAACUAGACCAGAGGAACCAGCAGGUGGAGGUGGACUGCAGCGUGGGUCGAGACCUAGGCCCCAACGAGCUCCCAAACAUAAUCAACACACUGCAGGAGUGGUGUACGGGCUGUGAGGCAGUGCUGUGUGGUAUUGAGGAGCAGGUCUCAAGGGCAAACCAAUACAGAGAGAGCCAGCUGAAGGUCAAAGUUCAGGUGGAAACAGAGGUUUCAAACCUACAGAAAACGUUAAAGGCCAGCGCCGCUUCCCCAUCAUCAGGCCCCUCCCCUGCUGGAGCCGCCUCCAAUCAGGACGCAGACCAGCCUGCCGAGCCCCGAGACCCCGCAUCCUCUCAGGAACCACGACAGCCAGGCAAAAAGAGCUCAAAGGUGAAAGGGCUGCGCGGCAGUGGGAAAAUCUGGUCCAAGUCUAACUGAAGACAAAGACAGCCGUGCUGAUGGACUCUCACACUGGAUGACAGACACGUGGAGUUGUUUAGAGACAAACAAUGGAUACACAAAACAAGAUGACCAGUUUUCACUGCACAACAAAAAACCAGGAAACUCCAUGGGAACUUUUCUUGUCAACAAAUUUCACCUUGAUGGAUUCAGAGACACACACUGGCUGAUGGAAAUUACUUUUGACAUCCACUCUUGCAGUUUGUAGCCUUACAGGCAGACUGUUAUUGUAUGCACACACACCAGUUGUAACCCAUAUACACAAGAGAGUCAGUUCUUUGACCUGAAACAAGAUCAGUGUCAUUGACUUGUGUGUAACUCCAUUGGUUUAAAAAAAAUGUUCUUUUGAUUUAGAUUAAUUCUAUGUUGCUUUGUAAUAUUUUUUUCUCUGCUGAGUUGAGACCUGUAUGAAAUAUAAAGUGUCGGGAAAUAAAAGGAAGCCCUGUACUUACCCCGA